UAGCGUUGGGUUAUCUGUUUGAGGUAUUGGGCCAAAAUGUAAGAGUAGAAACAACCCCAGCCGCCGCCAACCCCAACCCCGUUCUCCGGCCCGCCGCUCUCUCUCUCCUAGUCCCCUUCUAUCGUGGCAACGACGAGCGACAGUCGCUGCCGCCCUACGGCAGGUGCCCAGGUCUUCUUCGGUCCCUUCGCCGUCGACGAGCACUACCAGGAUAGUCCUUGCAAAAAGAUCUUGCUGGGAUGACCUGAGGUGUGAGUGAAGUGUUGUUAGAACUAAAGUGAGACCUUGACAGUUGACACCUUGACAACAUCAUUGGUGCUUUUGCUUAUGGACUAAUUUGUCUUUGGUUUAUGGCAUUGUGCUGUGAUGACCAAUCUUAUUCAGAGAUGUUGUGUGAAUUUAUGCACUCAUGAUGUUAUAUACCGUUGUACUGAUCUGAAUACAUGUUAAGUAGCUGCCAUUUGUCAAUUUGUGAGUGUGCCAACUACUCAAUUGUCAAUGAUCGUGCUAUUGUCUAUCACUUGACUCAUUUAUCUAUCAUUAACCAUGUUUCAAUUGUCAUGUGAAUAUGCACGUGUUCUCAAUUUGAGAACUUGCUAAUGUGCUAUACAUUAGAAUACUUAUUUAUUUACAUGCGCAAGAUGUGCAUAUAUUUGCUAGAACACUUAAAUUUUUAAAUGAACAUAUAUAUAAGUAAUAUAUUUUGGAAAAACAACACAAAACAGUUUAGACUGUUUAAUUCCAUUUAAACACCGUGUAAAUGGCUAAACGCUAAACAAAAGGCGCCCGUACUGUUUAGCAUUUAGGAUAACAUUGAUUGCAUGUAACCCAGAACAUGAUUAUUUAUGCUAAGUUUGGACUGGCAAGGUUUUAAAGUCGCCUGACUAAUCGCGAUUAGUCGGCCUUAUCGCUAGAGGGAGCUCGAUUGGGGUCUCCUACUCGACUAGAGCGACUAGAAAGCGAUUAGUCGUCCUAGUCGCCGACUAAUCGCGAUUAGUCGUCCGACUAGGUAUAGUGGUCGACUAGUUUUGCCUGUUUUGGGCCACUAAUCCGGUCUCUGUUACAUGGGCCGACCCACCAUCUGUACAAUAUAAAUAGCAUAUAGUAUAUGUAUGUAUGCAACUGUCAUGGGCAUCAUAGGGAGCGAGAGGCAACAGCCAGGCUGGGAUAAGGCUAGAGAAUAAGAUUAAGAUGAGCUGGGAUAAGGCUAGAGAAUAAGAUUGAGAUGAGAGAAUUGUGGAGAGUUGGUUAGCAUCAGAUAAGUCCAAGAAAGUAGGAGUUAGUUGAGAGUUUUAGGAGAAGUUGGUUAGCCAUAGGGCUAUUUAUAAGCCGCACGGCAGCAAGGAAUAAAUCAAGCAAAGAUCAUUAUCAAACCAAUCUCUCCCUUGCAAUGACCCUCUCAAGCGCCUAGGGCUGCUACCCUAGAACCAAGCCUGCGGCAGAGGGGUAUAACCUCGCCGGAGAAGACAGCUAUCCCCAUGGACUGAAGGUCCAUGACACCUGGUAUCAGCUCCAGGUUAUCCUCACCACCACCAGCCGCCCAUCCCUCACCACCACCAGCCGCCGCACCAUCUGCUGCCGCAACGCCCUCCCACCCGCCCUCUCCAACUCUAGAUGCAUUCACUCGGCUCGAAGAGAAGUGGGACCAAUUCGUUGUGAUGUUCCACCGCUACAAGGAGAAGACAGAGAAGGAACUCCAAGCAGCGGUGCGGCUUCAGGCGGCAGCGCGAGUGUUCCUGGCACGCCGCCAGGUACAGUCCCUUCGUGGGGAGAAGCACCUUGCUGUGGCCUCCAGGGCCACCCCAUGGCCGUCAUCACAUGAGCAGGCCGUGGUGCGCCUGCAAGCCGCAGUGCGCGGCUUCCUUGUUAGGCGGGCGGUGCGGAAGCUGCACUUGUUGAUCAGCUCAUCGCUGCACCAACUCGCAGCCUGCGCGCCCAACCACCAGGUCUCGUCUAUACUUUUUGAACCCACUGUAGAAGUCGAGAUCUGGGUAUGCAGCCCCCCUGCACGGCCAAAGAGGGUCGUCUCCUUCAUUCGGGCAACUUCCUUGGUGCUGGACAGACCCAACAUAAGAACGGGCUGGUUCCUCCUUCACCUGUCAUCCAACGUGAAGUCCGCAGUUCAGCUCUUUCCUUGGGAUCCAGGAGGACAGGAGGACAUAGCUGGAGUUCAAAUUUAUAUUUUAGUUCCACAAUUAUUUUGUAUUUUCGUCUUAAAUAAUAAAGGUAAGCCGAGAUGUAAAAGGCUUAACCUUAAGUCGUGUCAGGUAAGUCUAUGGCAGCUCGAGGACGAGCUGGUCCUCAAGGGAGGGGGAGAUGUCAUGGGCAUCAUAGGGAGCGAGAGGCAACAGCCAGGCUGGGAUAAGGCUAGAGAAUAAGAUUGAGAUGAGCUGGGAUAAGGCUAGAGAAUAAGAUUGAGAUGAGAGAAUUGUGGAGAGUUGGUUAGCAGUAGAUAAGUCCAAGAAAGUAGGAGUUAGUUGAGAGUUUGUAGGAGAAGUUGGUUAGCCAUAGGGCUAUUUAUAAGCCGCAUGGCAGCAGGGAAUAAAUCAAGCAAGAUCAUUAUCAAA